AUGGAGGAAGAGGACAUGAUUCUGCGUCGCAGGCGCGGAUCUACAGAAGAAUAUGAUGAUCCUGAUGACCACGACUCCGAUCCAGAAGACGAGAUCGAACGCGUCUUCGGAUCAAAGGACAAACAACAAGAUGAUGUCGAUCGAGAAAUCGUCAACUCUGAGAAAUACAUGCUCCGGGAGUUCUUCUCGUUGUUCAUUCUCAUUUUCCUGAUUGGAAUCGCUUUCCUUCAACUUUCUGUCUUUCUCCGUUCUUACUUUCUUCAGAAAUCAUACGAAACUCCCCCUCCCCGAAGCUUUUUGCAGCCUAGCAAAGCAGACAAUCAUCUCUCUCUGAACUGGAGCAAUUCUACGCCUUCACAGCAAAUGUGA